AUGGUGGCUCUAAUAAUGGUUGCUCUAAAAAUGGCUCCUCUAAAAAUGGUUGCUCUAAAAAUGGCUGCUCCAAAAAUGGUGGCUCUAAAAAUGGCUGCUCUAAAAAUGGCUGCUCUAAAAAUGGCUGCUCUAAAAAUGGCUGCUCUAAAAAUGGCUGCUCUAAAAAUGGCUUCUCUAAAAAUGGCUUCUCUAAAAAUGGCUGCUUCAAAAAUGGUGGCUCAAUAA